UGAUAUCAAAAGUUUUUGUUUCAGAGAUAACAACACAAAGCUGCACGGUUUAAUGAGCGCUUUGAUUAAUUUAUGAUUUGACAUAAUUAUUUCCAAUAUUUUGAUUGGAAAAGAUGUUGUGGCUUCUUUUAUUAGCUUUCUUUGUUGCAAAUCAGCAGAGCGUGACAUUAGCAGAUCAGCCCAAAAUUCUUCGCUUUCCAAUCAAUGGAACCGAAUAUUACGUUGCUGGCUCGGGGUAUUAUUCGAGAGACUGGGCGAUAGAUCACUGCAGACUGGUCGGCAUGGUGCCAGUCAGUUUCAACAAAGGCGAAGACCUGUACACCGAAAUCUAUAAUUACAUCAUAACUCAAAUUGAGUAUCCAAACGGGGUUGGCUAUUGGACGAGUGCGAUCAAAACUUCAUCGAGCAGUGACUCGUGGAUUUGGGAAACGACUGGGGAAAAAGUCGCAAAGUUUUACUGGGCGGAGGGAGAGCCCAGCUUUGCCGAAGACGAGGUCGGAGUUUGUAUGAUGUUCAGCGUCCAACGCCAGGGCUGGGUCAACGACUACUGCAAAAGAACCAACGUUGGCGCCACGAUUGUGUGCGAAAAGGAAAUCGAACAAUCAGAGUAAAAUAAAUAAAGAAA